CAAACAGCUACCUCUGUACGUCACUGACGUAAAGAAAGCACAGCGUGGUCGGGUCGCUUUACGGUAUUUUUAAAUUGUUAAGACUAGACAUGGCAUCUUCGUUGGUUUGCAGCGAAACUCACAGCAGGGUGAGUUCAGUGCUAAACAGAGAUGUGAAGCAGUACGGAAAGAAAUAUUUGUUUGACCGCAAUGAAGAGACGUGCUGGAACUCAGACCAGGGUGAAUGUCAGUGGGUGUGUCUGGAGUUCCCCCAAUCUGUCAAGGUGUCAGAGUUGAAGGUCCAGUUCCAGGGAGGCUUCUCAGCCAAAACAUGCAGACUAGACGGUUGUCCUAAAGAUGGGGCCUUUACAGAGAUCAGCCAUUUUUAUCCAGAGGACGACAACUCUCUUCAGAGCUUUCCCAUACAGGAGGCCCCUGCAGUGGACAAAGUAAAAAUAAUGUUUGAGAAUAGUGCCGACUUUUUUGGGAGAAUUAUUGUUUAUUCCUUGGAUGUCCUGGGGGAAAAAGCCACAUGACCACUUUUUUUUUUUAUCGUCUUGUGAGAGAGGAAAUGACUCCUGGGUAAAAUGCAGGAUGGUGAGGUGGCACUUGGGAAACAUGUCAUCUGUUCUGCCACCUCAUGAACUGAUGUGAAUGUGGCCUUUUUUGGAAAGGAUGCGUUCAAGGAUCUGUCCAGCCAUCUCACUCUUCAUUACUCAAACACAGAAGGCUUGACAUGGAGUCCAAAUCUGAGUUUUAAUUGCAGAUUGAAUGUGUUUCUUGUGAUUAUAAGAGCACUUGUAAUGAUGCAUUCUGAACUUGUAUUGUGCCUUUAAGUUGAAGCGCCAUUCCAGCAGAACACACAUAAAAAUAAUCUUUUAUUAAAACU